AUGACUCAGGAUCUUAGUGGAAAUGCUAUCUAUCUAACCCCAGUGUCCAGGCGAGUCCAAGAGGGCGUUUGCAUCUACGCUAACCGUCUUGUUGCAACUUCUUCAAGUGCCGAUAACGUUAAUUUGUACAGAACUCGAAGAACGCAAAAAUUUGUCGACCUUUGUAAAUUUCACCUGUCCCUACUGAUUGACUUACCACUUACUUUCAAUGAAUAUGACCCAGAUUCCUCCACUUCUAUUGAAGGAAUUCACAAACAUAGGAGGUACCGAUCUUGGGUGAAACUCUCUCAGGGAAGUAAAUAUGAAAUCCUUAAAAAUGAUUGGUCGGAAGAACAAGUGGAUAUCUAUGACAAUGUCGUGGUUCUCAUGAAUCAUUUGUUAACUGGUGACAAUCUCAAAACUGAAAUGAUAUUCAGAAAGACUGGCAAUAUUAGUCGCCAACGCGAACUCUGCAGACUCUUAACUAACGGUACCACCGUCAUCUAUCCUGUUAACUUUGCGAUUCUGAACGCUUCGAAUUCCUCAAUUCCUCCAUCGUCUCCUCUUCCUUCUUUUUCCUGGAGUCGAAUGGCACGUUCAAGACGAGUUAAGACUCCGUCAUCUGAGCUAGAUGGCAUUUCAGACGUUUUGGAGGAACUUACAGCUCAUGACUGCGCGAACGCCUUGAAGACUGUUCUUCGGGAAAUGGCGGAUCCAAUCUUAACUCAAGACCUUCUUCCAGUUUAUAUUUCCGUUUCCAAACUCACGUCAGGAAACUACAACGAUUCUGGCUUCCGAGUACCUCUUUCUCCAAACAGUUCUCGUUUAGCUAGAGCCAAACAGAUGUUAGCUCUAAGAAUCCUCAGAUUUCUUCUUCCUGCCAGGAAUCAAUUCCUUCUCCGUCGUUUAUUGGAUCUAUUAACCGAAACCCUGAGUUAUUCACACGCCAAUGGAAUGUCUGCUGAAAGUCUUGGCACCAUCUUUGGACCGCUUCUGUUUGCCCCAUCUUGCCGUUCCAGUACUGACCUCCAUAAGGAAUACGAUGCUUUGAAUAAUCUCGCCACAUUGAUGAUCAAGCAGGGCUCCAAAGGAGUGUUUGCAAUUCCACAGGUCCUCGCUAAUGAUAUCGAUCGAAAUAUAUCUUCGGAAGGUCUCUUGUCGGCUCUUAGUGGUUCAAAAGACUCCGGCGUCGAUAUAUGUUCAACACAAGAUGACGACGCUACUAUUUAUACUAACCUGACCUUUGCGCAACAAGAGAACACCCAAGAGGGCACAGAAGCCUGGAAGGAACGCACUAAAGCGGCUCUGAAUGAACUCAGUGUUGCUGUCAAGAAACUACCAGAUACUCACCCCAAGAAGGCUCGAUAUGUUCGAAGGCUUAGUAAUAUCUACGGCGGGAGCAAGAGAAAUCCUCUUCGAGAGAUUAUUGAUCCUGGUACACCUUCACGUCUUAUGUCUCCAGUUUCUCCAGCGAAACGUUCCCUUGCUAAUUACUCAGAAGAAACGCCAACCAGGGUGAAUGUCGUAAAGACUCGUGCGACCCUCUCUUCAACUAGUCUCGACGGGAGUCAAGUUCCUUGUUGUCCAUUGGCUGGAAUGCUUCCAUAUAUCAAGAGGCGUCAAAUGCGUAUUGGAACUCCCUUCAGGAAAGUUCUAGAUAACGCCGAAUCUCCAGUUUUGGAAGUAAAAGACGCCAUACCUACACAACCUCUUCCUCAAAUUCAACGCACUCAUACAACUCCUGAGAGGAGGAGGAGAGUUGCUGUACCUGUCACUCUCUGGUCUUCUAGAAGGAACUCAUGUAUGCGUAAACUUCCAGUGAGACGAAAUUAUCACCUGGUGAAAAUGGAGAAAACGGGUUGUCCUUCGAUUCCUGAGAUUCAUUCUCAAUCGAGGCGAUCGAUGUGA